AGAAACACCUCAAAGCCUGCAUGUAAGAACAUCUACUGAGAAAUUAUUUUAAUCAGACACCAGCUGAGCGGGAGAAAGAAAAAGAACAGAGAAGAACAAACAAAACUCCCUUGGUCUUGGAUGUAAGAGAAUCCAGCAGAGAUGGACUGGAGUUUCUUCAGAGUAGCUGCAGUGCUGUUCAUUCUUCUGGUGGUGGUAGAAGUUAACAGUGAAUUCCGAAUCCAGGUAAGAGAUUAUAACACUAAAAAUGGCACCAUCAAAUGGCAUUCAAUCCGAAGGCAGAAACGUGAAUGGAUCAAGUUCGCAGCAGCCUGUCGUGAAGGUGAAGACAACUCAAAGAGGAACCCAAUCGCCAAAAUUCACUCAGAUUGUGCUGCAAACCAGCAAGUUACAUACCGCAUCUCUGGAGUAGGAAUUGAUCAGCCACCAUAUGGGAUCUUUGUCAUUAAUCAGAAAACUGGUGAAAUUAAUAUAACAUCCAUAGUUGAUCGAGAGGUCACUCCUUUCUUCAUUAUCUACUGCCGAGCUCUGAACUCAAUGGGCCAAGAUUUAGAGAGGCCUCUAGAGCUCAGAGUCAGGGUUUUGGAUAUAAAUGACAACCCUCCAGUGUUUUCAAUGGCUACAUUUGCAGGACAAAUAGAAGAAAAUUCUAAUGCAAACACACUGGUGAUGAUACUCAAUGCUACUGAUGCAGAUGAACCAAACAAUUUGAACUCAAAAAUAGCCUUCAAGAUUAUAAGACAAGAACCUUCAGAUUCACCAAUGUUUAUUAUCAACAGAAAUACUGGAGAAAUUCGAACGAUGAAUAAUUUUCUAGACAGAGAGCAAUACGGCCAGUAUUCUCUUGCUGUAAGAGGCUCUGACCGAGAUGGCGGGGCAGAUGGCAUGUCAGCGGAAUGUGAGUGCAACAUUAAAAUCCUCGAUGUCAAUGAUAAUAUCCCUUACAUGGAACAGUCUUCAUAUACCGUAAAUAUUGAAGAAAAUACUCUAAAUUCAAAUUUGCUCGAGAUUAGAGUAAUUGAUUUGGAUGAAGAGUUCUCAGCUAACUGGAUGGCAGUAAUUUUCUUUAUCUCUGGAAAUGAAGGAAAUUGGUUUGAGAUAGAAAUGAAUGAAAGAACAAAUGUGGGAAUUUUAAAGGUUGUUAAGCCCUUAGAUUAUGAAGCUAUGCAGAAUCUGCAACUCAGUAUUGGUGUCAGAAAUAAAGCUGAAUUUCAUCAUUCAAUUAUGUCUCAAUAUAAACUGACAGCAUCUGCAAUUUCUGUGGUUGUGUUAAAUGUAAUUGAAGGCCCAGUGUUUCGUCCAGGUUCAAAGACAUAUGUUGUAACUGGUAAUAUGGGAUCAAAUGAUAAAGUGGGAGAGUUUGUAGCUACUGACCUGGACACAGGUAGACCUUCAACGACUGUUAGGUAUGUAAUGGGAAAUAAUCCAGCUGACCUGCUAGCUGUUGAUUCAAGAACAGGCAAACUCACUUUGAAAAAUAAAGUUACCAGGGAACAGUACGAUAUGCUCGGAGGAAAAUACCAAGGAACGAUUCUCUCUAUAGAUGAUACUCUUCAAAGAACUUGCACUGGUACAAUUAAUAUUAACAUUCGAAGUUUUGAUGAAGGCGGCAGGACUAAUACACAGCCGAACACUGAAAUUACUACCAAUACUGGCAGUCAAGAAAGUACUUCUUCCAUUAGCUAUGAUACCAGCACAAUUUCUACUGCCUCUAGCCAAGAACAUUCUUCUGGAUCCACAAAUAUAUUAGAUGUACCAGUGUUCUCAGACAAUGUACAUUUUGGUCCUGCUGGCAUUGGACUCCUCAUCAUGGGAUUCUUGGUCUUAGGAUUGGUCCCAUUUUUGAUGAUCUGUUGUGAUUGUGGAGGUGCUCCUCGUAGUGCAGCUGGCUUUGAGCCUGUCCCCGAAUGUUCAGAUGGAGCAAUUCAUUCAUGGGCAGUAGAAGGACCACAGCCUGAACCCAGGGAUAUAACCACUGUCAUACCACAAAUACCACCUGAUAACGCAAAUAUAAUUGAAUGCAUUGACAACUCAGGAGUUUAUACAAAUGAGUAUGGUGGCAGAGAAAUGCAAGAUCUGGGAGGAGGAGAGAGAAUGACAGGAUUUGAACUAACAGAGGGAGUUAAAACUUCAGGAGUGCCUGAGAUAUGUCAAGAAUACUCUGGAACAUUAAGAAGAAAUUCUAUGAGGGAAUGUAGAGAAGGAGGUCUGAAUAUGAAUUUCAUGGAAAGCUACUUCUGUCAGAAAGCAUAUGCUUAUGCAGAUGAAGAUGAAGGACGCCCAUCUAAUGACUGUUUGCUCAUAUAUGACAUCGAAGGUGUAGGUUCCCCUGCUGGCUCUGUGGGUUGUUGUAGCUUCAUUGGAGAAGACCUGGAUGACAGCUUCUUGGAUACCCUGGGACCUAAAUUUAAGAAGUUGGCAGACAUCAGCCUAGGAAAAGAAUCAUAUCCAGACCUUGAACCUUCUUGGCCACCCCAAAGCACUGAACCAGUUUGCCUUCCUCAGGAAACAGAGCCCAUUGUUAGUGGACACCCACCAAUCUCCCCACAUUUCGGCACUACCACAGUAAUUUCUGAGAGCACCUAUCCCUCGGGACCUGGUGUACAGCAUCCUAAGCCUAUUCUCGAUCCUCUGGGCUAUGGUAAUGUCACUGUGACCGAGUCUUACACCACCUCUGACACUCUGAAGCCCUCUGUGCACGUUCACGAUAACCGACCAGCAUCAAAUGUGGUGGUGACAGAGAGAGUGGUCGGCCCAAUCUCUGGCGCUGAUUUGCAUGGAAUGUUAGAGAUGCCUGACUUGCGAGAUGGGUCAAAUGUUAUAGUGACAGAAAGGGUAAUAGCACCAAGCUCUAGUCUACCUACCUCUCUGACUAUCCAUCAUCCUAGAGAGUCUUCAAAUGUGGUAGUGACAGAAAGAGUAAUCCAACCAACUUCCGGCAUGAUAGGUAGUCUGAGUAUGCACCCCGAGUUAGCCAAUGCCCACAAUGUCAUUGUGACAGAGAGGGUUGUUUCUGGUGCUGGCGUAACUGGAAUUAGUGGCACCACUGGGAUCGGCGGUGGCAUAGGCAGCAGUGGCCUGGUUGGCACCAGCAUGGGUGCUGGGGGCGGGGCCCUGAGUGGAGCUGGCAUAAGUGGUGGUGGCAUCGGCCUGAGCAGCUUGGGAGGGACAGCCACCAUUGGCCACAUGAGGAGUUCCUCUGACCAUCACUUUAACCAAACCAUUGGGUCCGCCUCCCCUAGCACAGCUCGAAGUCGAAUCACAAAGUACAGCACCGUGCAAUAUAGCAAGUAGUCAGGACCCCAGCUCACUUUUUCAUAGUCAUUGUUGUUUAGAUCCAAUUCCCACCACUAAAAAACUAACAAUGUGAUUUAUAACGCACAACUUCGUGCUCAGGUCAUCUAGGAGCAAGGUGAGAAAUCACAAUGAGAAAAAUAAAUGGAAACACCGCUGCUAGGGGAGAGCUCUCCUUAGCGUUCAUAAAUUUUUCUCUUAUAUUAGGACUAAGGAACUAAAACUUGAGGCAGAGUCUUCUUUGUGCCUGAGUGGCCUGUAGUCUAUCUCCAGCAUGUAACUGGCCUUACGACGGCCAUUGGCAUAAUUCUCCUUGCUCUGUUUUGCUUUUCCAUAUAGCUCGAGCAAAAUUCAAAAAGAACUAAAUAUGCAAUAUAUGUUCACGUCUAUGGGAAAAAUCUAAAACGUGUGCCAGAUGCCCUGUUGGUUUCACAGAUAACAUAAAUAAAAAUUCAACCACAGAUUUAUACAAGGGUUAACCAUUUUUUUUAAGUUUGACUACAUAGUCAAGUCCACAAGCCAUCAAGCACUCCUACCUUAAUUAUUGCACUAGAGAAAACAAAUUUCAAAUUAGGAAGUGUUUCCUAGGAGGAAAAUUCCAUUAGAGAGUGGCAAUAGGAUGAGGUUUCUUCAGGGUAAACUAGCAAUGCCUGAGCCUGAACUUUAAUUUGGGGCCUCAGUUAAAUCUCCUGUGGAGUCCAGGAUUCUUCUGAUUCUAGUUUGUGUUUAGUGAUAGAUGUAGUCUUGACGAAUAUUGCUUACUGGUGAGGUUGAGGAAUAUCACACUCAUCUUUCCCUUUAUCACUGUGGUUUUGACUUAAGAAAGCAAAACUCGCUAAGUUUACUUCUCAAAUUGAAGCAAGUCAGGCCUGACAUGGUUGUCAUCACUAGUGGCAAAUGACCUUCCAAGUAAGCAGAUGGGAACUGAAUUGUGUUUUCAGGUUUUGUUUUUAGUACGUGAUAUUCAUUGAUAUCCAGCUCUUUAUUACAUAGCUCUGAAGUUAAAAUGAUUUACAUAGGCCGAGCUGUGGACAAAAAAAAAGAAGCUUGUAGUAUGCUUAAGCUUUGGGGAAUUUUUUUUGUAAGGGGAUCUAAAAAAAAAGUUUUUAGAACAUGUAAAAUGUUUAAUGGGGAAAGUUGGAAAAGAAUUCUUUUGUAAAGUAAUACCAUGCUAAUUAUUUGCUUUUACUAAGUAAAGUAGUGGUUGCUUUAGCAAACCUCUGCUGCCAUUUUGCAGGAAUCAACCAGGAACCUUUAGCAGAAUUGACAAUAUGGUGUUGAUAAGCAUGAAAUAAUAAUAGAAACCUAUUCCGCUAGUUUAUUUCCCCCCUAAUUUUUCUCACUAGCAUAAAUUUUAAAUUCCUGAUUUGAUUUGUCAAUAAAAUCUUGGCUUAUAUAUGCUCUGAUUUAUAGGGAGUGUCCAAAUUAUAUAGUGUAACAUAUUUUUCUAGCUUCAAAAUUUAGUAAUGUCCUAUUUAUGAUAUACCAUUUCUGGGUGUUUGCUAUAUAGUAUUACCCAAUUAAAAAUCUCUAAAAAGAAUCAAAGCAUUCUAAGAAAAAGGUAAAUUUACUAUUGGCAUGGUAGAGAAAUUUUUUUCUUUCUUAAAUACAAUGUGACUAUAAGCUCACUAAAAUGAAACUCUAUAUGACAAAAUAAAAUUAGAAAAAAAAUUUGCCCUGGAGUUGUGAAUUAUAUACAACUUUGAAAGAAUUUACCCCAAUUACUCAAAUUUCCCAGGAAAUUACAAAGCCAAAGAAUAUUCGACUUCCUCCACUGGAUAAGAGUGAAUUAUUUAACCUAGAGCUAUUUUGCUCUGUAACAACAGAUAAGGCUAAUAUUUUAAAAGCCACAGUAUACAUCUUCUUUUAACUCUGUAGAAUAUGUAAAAUUUUGAUAGUCUGUAGUAUGCUAAAUGCAGAAGUAUAAAUAAAGUCAUUCAAAGGGAGUCUUUUCUUUUUCUGCCACUUACGGGGCUACAUUAAGGAUGGGUAGUCUUUCCAGGAAUAAAGUCAAAAGGUAUUUAUUAAAACAUACUUGAGUAUGCCUGGGUCCAGGAGUUUUAAGGAAUAGAAAUAAGUAUUAAUGAAUUAAUCAAGUAAUUUAUUAAAGGUAAUGGUAGCUGACCAUAGGAAACUUGCUUGCUGUUUUAAUAUGAAAUAUCAUCACAAGCUUUUCUUAAGACAUCUGAUAUCUUCCAGAGAUAUUUUUUAGGUUGUCUUGCAAACAACAAAAUCACUGUCUUUAGUAACUGUUGCUGUUAAAAUCCAUUGAUUGUUGAGAUCCCCACAACUUAGUUACAUUUGAACUCCUAAACACUGUUAAACGAUGGGAAAAACAAGAAAAAACAUGGCCAUAUGAGUCGUCUAUCUUUCUAGGAAGAUACUUUCUAACCAAACUUUUCUUCCAGGAUUGCACAUUGAUGGGAAAAACAAGAAAAAUUGAAGUAUCAGUCAUCUAUCUUUCUGGGAAGAUACUUGCCAACUAAUUUUUUCUUCCAGGAUUGCACAUUGAUUUUCCAUUUAGUCCUAAAUUUUAGAAUUACCUUUUCAAGAUAUCAACGAUUUUAGUAGUUAUUUAAAGGCAUGUCAUUUUUCAAUGGACAAGCUUUGGGCAGAACUUCGUUCUUCUUUUUAGAUGUUUGCUCUAGAUCAUAUACAUCAUGUCAUAGACCAAGAAGAGAUAUGGAAAUCAUUUUUAUAAGUGAAUACUAUAAUUAGGAUUCAAGCUGAGUUUCAUAUCAACUUGCUCUUAACAAAAGGAAGAAGAAAGAGAUAGUAAUUUAAUACUAUGUAUGUAUGGUUUGAAAACAAACCAUAAUGUUUAUAAAAUAUCUAUCUGACUGUCUAAAGAGGUAAUCUUUAGGGACAAAAAUCAGUGUAUUAUAAAUACUUUACCAUUUAUUAUCAACCAAAAUACCAUCUCAAGCUAAUUUUGAUACCGAAUUACAGAUAUACCUUCUACAUAUUAUUUACUUCUAAGCACGUUGCAUGAUGUAAUUGCAUUUGCACUGAAAAAUUAAAAGAAAAAGUACAUAUUUAGGGUUAUUUAUAUAUCUUCAUCUAGACAUCUGUUCUACAUUUGUGUAUAAAGUUUUUAGCAUCAUAAUUUUUAUUCCAGAAAAUGUUCUGACAAAAUUUUAAUUAUAUGUCUUCAAAAAUUACAUUUUUUACUCUAGUAAGUAGAUGUUUUUAGUUAUCUGGCAAUUUAUUUCUGAAUUUAUACCAAUGUUUGAUUGUCAUGGUACAGAAUAUAUGACACUCUUUGACUUUUUCUGGAGUUGAAAGGCAUUAUAAUCUUUAGCAUAAAUGGCCAUGACUAUUUUGGAAAGACAUUUAAAACCCAAAGGAAACUUUUUAAAGUAUUUGCCACAUUUUCCCAUGCCUAUUUCAUAAAUUCCAACUUUUUUUUUUUACAAUUUCUAGUAUUUUUAAGACCCAUUUCACAUUGCACUAGGAUACAGCAGUCCACAGUAGAGUGCUACUCUCCUUGAAAUCAAAUCUGUCUUCCACUUCCAGAUUAUUCAAUUUAUGUUAGGACAAAUCUUGACUAGAUCAACCUAUUAUCCAUCAGAUAAUUUUAAAACAAUGUGUAAUCUUGUUCAAUUGUCUACAUUCUCUCCCCAGUUUAGCUGUAUUUGAAUUACUAAACACUUUAUCGUCAAACUGUACCUAGUCUAACUUAUUUUUCUUUUGCUGUCUGUUUUACAAGCAUUUUAAAAUUCUAAUAUUCAUCUCUGGUGGUGUUUAAAACAAGGUUCUCUUAUUCAAAUUUCAAUAUAAAAGUUUUUGGAUUAUUUGGGUGCUAGUUUCUUGCUUGGUUAUCUGUUGGUUUUUUUAAGUUGAUUUGUAAUUUCCAAAGAGUUAUGCAUACAGCAAUAAAAUGAUUAAUAUGCCUCCCUUAUCUUUUCUGAAUUGUAAGCAAGGGGGAGGUUUUAGACUGUAAAACCAAAGUUAUCAGAUCUAGUUAUUAUCAUCCUGUAUUGGAGGAGAUAUAAUUCUUUUAUUUUCACAAUGUUAAAAUAUGUUUUCAUUCUCCAUUUCCCAGCUAUCUUUUUUUAAUGUGUACUGAGGAACCUACUCUCUGGACCACUAAUUACAGAUGCUAGAGCCCAGCCUUGAUCAGGUGGUUAGCCCCACAAAUGAACAGAUGAUAAAAAGCUGCAUUUUUAGUUUUUAUUUAAUACUUGUAGCAUCUUCAUACUUUUACCUUUCUUUCUUUCAUACUCUGCAUUUUUAUUUUUGCCUACACCAGCAUUUUAUUUCUUUUAAAAUGACUUUUCUUCUUUUUUGCCUUUUAAAUCAUACCUUUUCAUCUUUACUGGGAUGCAUCUCCUUUUGUUCUCCAAUGCCACUUCCAGACUAUUAUCAACUUCAUCUUGCACAAAAUCUUACCUCUUUCAGACUUGUAUGAUCCUUUCCCUCUGUUCUCUUCUUCAUAAUGUCUCUACUUCUAAUGAAGGCUCCAAUAUCCUGGCCUAAAGUUUUUUGUGACUUUCUUAACUUCUGAGAGUGUUCAUAGUAACUUAAACAUCCACAUGGAUGAAUCACCCAAGGCCCAGAUUCUCAUUUCUAGACCUCCUUGUAGCUAAUGCCUCAUUUGUUUGCUUGUUUUAUCAAGCUUCUUAAGGUUCACGUACACAUGCUGUCUUUUCUUUUCCAUGUCCCAUCAGACUUCAAAGUCCUCCCAUCAGAUUAUCAUAAUGGUCCUUACCAAGCUUGUCUAAGAUCUAUGCAUUGCAAGAACAAGGCCUACUUUUCUCUUCUCCCUCUUUCUUAACCUCUGGGAAAAAUAUCUAAAAAGUAACCCUUCUCUCUUCCUUGAAACACUCUUGUGUCUUGGCUUGUGUAACACCAUUCUCUCCUGAUAUCCCUUGUAUUUCAUCAGCCAGUCUUGCUCAUUCUAUCUCUCUUGUUUCUCAUUUAUCCAAUCCAAAGUUUGAUCCCAAGCCCUCUUCUCUUAACAUUUUACACUGACUCUGUGAGACCUCAUCAAUAUCCCUUUUUAAAUGUUCAAAAUUAAACUUAUAAUUUUACCUCCAGAGUUUCCCCAUUCCAAUCAUUAUUACUCCAUCUACCCAUUACUCAAACCAGAAACUAAGUACUCCUUCAUCUCAUUCUUUCUCUUACUACCCAAAUUUUAUCCAUUAGGAAGUUCUGUUUAUUUUAUAACCAAAAUAUAUAGUAAGCCAUUUAAUAGUUUGUAUUAGUCCAUUAUCACACUGCUAUAAAGAUACUACCUGAGACUGGAUAAUUUUAAAAGGAAAGAGGUUUAAUUGACUCACACUUCUGCAUGGCUGAGGAGGCCUCAGGAAACUUACAAUCAUGGUGGAAGGCAAAGGGGAAGCAAGAACCUUCUUCACAUGCCAGCAGGAGAGAGAAGCAUAAGCAAGGGAAAUGCCAGAUGCUAAUAAAACCAUCAGAUGUCAUGAGAACUCACUCACUAUCAUGAGAACAGCGUGGGGGAAACCACCCCCAUGAUCGAAUCACUUCCCUCCCUUGACACAUGGGGAUUAUAAUCCAAGAUGAGAUUUGGGUGGGGACACAGAGCCAAACCAUUUAAUAGUUUUAAUCCUUAUCUGUCACCAUCCUAUGGGCAACUGCCUCCUAGGUAGUCUCUCUGCUUCCACAUCAGCCUUCUUCAAACAAUUUUCUAUAGAUGAACCUAUGUGACCUUUUAAAAUAUUAAUUAGGUUGAGUCAACCCCCUAUUUUAAAAAUUUCAAUGGAUUUCCAGUGAAUGUCCCAGAAAAGCCUGCAGGGAGCUGCCUGAUAUAGCACUGGUCCACAGUGGAUGACAGUAAUUUGCACCAUGAUUGUUGUAAUGGAAAAGUUGAAAAGAAAUGAAUUAAGGAAACGUUUUGGCUUUUGCAAAUGGUAUUCGCUCUGCACGAGCCCUCCUCACUUUUAUAUGGCAGCAUCCUUUCAUCCUUCAAGUAGCAAUUUAAAUAUUAUUUCUUCAUGUAUUCUUUCCUUCGUCAAUGUUUUCACGUAUUCAUUUAUUUACUCUAUGGAUAUUUAUUGAAUUCCAAAUAGUUAUACCAGGCAGUGGUGACAUGACAGUGAAAGAUAAAGUCCUUCUCCUUGUGGAGUUUAUGAUCAAGAUAGAAUGGAGAUGGGGGAAGUCUGACAAUAAAGAACAAACGAGUAAAUAUGUGAUAUGUUAGAUGACAGUAAAUGAUCAAGGGAAAAAUAAAGCGGGAUAAUUCAGGAGAGGGAUUGCAGGGCAUGAGGGAUGCACUUUUAUAUAGGGUAAUUGAGUCGGUGUUCUAUUAGAAAGUAAUAUUUGAACAGAGAUUUGAAGAACAUUAAGGAGCAAGCCAUGUGGCUAUCUGGAUACAGGACAUUUCAGACAGAGGGAUAUUCAUGGAAGAGCAAGGUCUGUAUGUGUGAAGAGAUUAAAAGAAGGAAAGCAGCAGGAGGUAGGAUCCCAGAGGAAAGGGUUGAGAUUGAGUUUGGCCUUGCAGGCCAUUCUAACAAACUUAUUCUGAAUGUAAUGGAGAGCUACUGGAGAGUUGGGGCUGAGGAGUGCUUUGUUCAGGUUUGGGGUUGUUUGUUUAUUUGUUUGUUUGUUUUGAGAUGGGCUCUUGAUCUGUCAUCCAGGCUGGAGUGCAGUAGCAUGAUCAUGACUCAGUGCAGCUCAACAUCCUGAGCUCAAGAGAUCCUUCCACCUCAGCCUCCAGAGUAACUGGGACUACAGGCAUGAGCCACCAUCUCCUCCUGAUUUUUGUAUUUUUGGUAGACACAGUUUUGUAAUGUUGUCCAGGCUAGUUUCGAACUCCUGGGAUCAAGCAAUCCUCCUGCUUUGCCCUCCCAAAUUGCUGAGAUUAUAGGCAUGAAUCACUGUGCCCAGCCUAGAUUUGUAUUUUUAAAAGAACAUUCUACCUACAGUGUUGACACUUUAGGAAGGAAAUCACAGAAUCAAGAAGAUAUGUUAAAGAGCUACUGCAAUGAUCCAAGUGAGUGAGUGAUACAACCAUAGCGGGUAGCAAAACAAGUGACAAAAACAAAACACAAGCCCUGGACGAUCAAUAAAGUACCAUACAGAAAAGAAAAAAAAAAGGAAAAAAGUUCACUGAGCAACAGAUUAAAUUUAAAUCUCACUAUGAAUUGCCUUGAAAAAACUCAAACAUAGUAAGUACAAAUGGAGAAUGUUAGGUUGGUCAAAAAGUUUAGAAAUGAUGCCAGUUUCUAGUCAUCUACUUGGCUAUUGAGUUCAUAUAAGACAAAUUCUGGCUGACCCUGAGAGACUUGCUUUUCCUAGUUUUAUAAAGAAAGCUGAGCAACUUGGUAUAUCCCAGUCUGUGCCUGUUUCUCAGUCAUAUCUCUUCUUUCUUCAGCUUUUAUAUAAAACCUAGGAGGAAGAAUUUCUGCCUCCAGAGCUUUCUCAAAACCACUCAGAAUAUCAGGCUCUGAUUCUUACCAAAGUUUGUAUCUGGUUGGACCCAGAAUAUAAUUUGUCACAUUUUUUCAAAGAAAAAUGUUUUGAUGCAUUCAGUUUAUUGACUGUCUGUCUCAAAGUAUAUGCCAGUUUCAGCUUAAUAAAUUAUAGACAUGUGAUUCUCAGCUUGUUUUGACCACUGCCUUAUAUUGGGCUCAUCCAAAUGCAAACUCUGAGUCAGGAUUAGAGAGCAAUUUUGGAAGGAGGUAGAGGAACCACUGGUAGGUAACAGGGAGAUGCAACAUGCAAGGGAAAGCUACCAAUAAAUUGUACCUAUCAAGCCAAUUAGAACCAUGGGCAAUCGAAACUUAGUCCUCCUGGGGAAAACACUGGGAGCCAGUGUAGUAUAUGCCCUGUGGUUAA